CGGAGAGCAGCCAGGACACUUAGCAGCGCAGACUGUGGACCGACGGUGCUGCCAGCGACGCGGUCCACAAAGGCCAGGCCUGCGACCCCUGCGACUCUGCUGCCUCUGCUGGAUCCAGAUACCCAGAAUGGCUUCCUGGUGCUACUGCCUCCUCCACCUCCUGACCUGGAGUCUCUCUGGCACCUCCUCUGACUCCCCAAAUGAAUCAAGGAACCCUUGGGCCACAGACCCCGCGGUCCCUGGCGAGGUGGUGGAGACCACCGACAGUGUUUGCAAGUUCCCCGGGCAGCAGCUUAGCUGGUGGCAAGCCCAAGAGUCCUGCGAACAGCGGUUUGGCCACUUGGCCCUGGGACCCCUAGAUGAAGUUUCCGCUCCGCUGCUGCGCGACUCCAUCUGGGUGGGCCAGAGAGAGGCCUCUUUAAGGAGACCCCCGCAGAGGCGCGCACGCACCUCCGCCGCGCUGGUGUUCGGCCGGCGGAGCGCGGACCGGGCGGCAAGGCUGCGGACCCUCCGGUGCCUGCCGGUGGCAUCUUGGUCCUGGGCCAGGAUCAGGACUCCCCGGGCGGCGGCUUCUCAGCUCGAGACGCCUUCAGCGGCAACCUCACCGACUUCCACCUGUGGGCCCGAGCGCUGAGCGCCGCGCAGCUGCUCCGGGCACGCGCCUGCGCGCCACCCCCGGGCGACCUGCUCUUCCGCUGGGACCCGCGGGCCCUGGACAUCGCGCCCUCGCUGCUGCCCGUAGUGCGCCAGCGCCUUGUUUGUCCGGUGCCCUCAGAAGAGUGCCCAACUUGGAACCCAGGUCCCGGCACCGAGGGCUCGGAGCUCUGCCUGCAGCCGCGGCGCUUCCUUUGCUGCUACGGGAAAGAGACCUAUCAGCAGCUGCAGGACGUCCAGCUGUGGCCCGGCCAGGACGUGAUCAGCCAAGUCAAUGCACUGGCCAAUGACACUGUGCUCCUGCCAGACCCCUUCUCUGAAGCCCCUGGGCCGCUGUCCCUGGACAAAGCCUGCAGCUUCUUGGGUGUCCUGGAGAGAGUCCUGGCUCCGAAGCCGGUGCUGGGGCCAGCAGCAUUGCUGGCUGUCCUGGGCUUCCUGAAGAGGGUGUCGGCCCUCGAGGCCAGGGAACCAGAGCCCUUGGCCAGGCCCUGGGAGCCGCUGGGCCGAGGCAUCGUGUCUGUGACCAGCCUGGUCCUGGAGGAGCAGCUGGCUGACACGUGGCUGUCCAUCAGCAAGGUGGUUGGCGGACCUACGGCCCUGCUGGACACCAUGCAGCGUCUGGCACCCCUGCUGAGCACCAUGCUGAGCCCUGAGCAGCCCUGGAUACACAUCCAGUACCGCCACGUGGGCCUGCAGGUGCGGAGCCUGCACCUGAGGGAGGCCAGCACCUCGGGUUACACAUUCACCAUGCCCGGUGGGCACCCGGAGGGGCCCGGCCACAUCCACAUCCCCGCCGGGGAAGUGCGGCGGCUCCUUGGGGAAGGCCUCUCCGGAGUCACCGCCAUCCACAGCUGGUUCUCAUCCGGCGUCUUCCAGCACACUGGGGGGGCGCCUGGCCUGGAACCCCAGUUCCCUGCCAGCCCGGAGGAGGCGAGCAGGGUGCAGAGGCUCCUGAGCACCCGGGUGGGCUCAGCCGUGCUUUCCUCCGAGGUGCGGGAUGCUGCCGGGCCAGUCAGCACCGCCGUGACCUUCCACCUGCAGCACCAGGCCCAGGCCUUCCCCAAGAAGCUGGUGGAGCCUGUCUGUGCUUUCUGGAACUUCAGUACCAGCCCAGAGACGGGGGGAUCCUGGGCCACCACCGGCUGCUCCGUGCUCACCCUGUACCAGGACUCGACUGCCUGCUUCUGCAACCACAGCACCAGCUUCGCCGUCCUGCUGCAGGUCUACGACGUCCAGAGAGGCCCCGAGGAGGAGUCGCUGCUGAGGACGCUGUCAUUCGUGGGCUGCGGCGUGUCCUUCUGCGCCCUCGCCACCACCUUCUUGCUCUUCCAGGUGGCCGGGGUCCCCAAGUCGGAGCGGACCACAGUCCACAAGAACCUCACCUUCUCCCUGGCCUCUGCCGAGGGCUUGCUCAUGGCCAGCGAGUGGGCAAAGGCCAACCAGGUAGCGUGUGUGGCCAUCACCGCUGCUAUGCACUUCCUCUUCUUGGUUGCAUUUUCCUGGAUGCUGGUGGAGGGGCUGCUGCUCUGGAGCAAGGUGGUGGCCGUGAGCAUGCGCCCGGGCCCUGGGAUGCGCCUGUACUACGCUGCAGGCUGGGGAGCGCCUGCGGUCAUCGUGACUGUCACCCUGGCCACAAGCCCUGGUGACUACGUGGCCGCAGGGCACUGCUGGCUCGAUGUGCACACAGAUGCCAUCUGGGCCUUCGCGGGGCCUGUGCUCUUCGUGUUGGCAGCCAAUACCUGCAUCCUGGUCCGAGUGGUGAUGGUCACCGUGUCCAGUGCCCGCCGCCGCACACGCGUGCGGAGCCCGCAGCCCAGCCUGCAGCAGCAGCUCGGUGUCCAGAUGUGGGCCACGGCGAAGCCAGUGCUGGUCCUGCUGCCCGUCCUGGGCCUUACCUGGCUGGUUGGCAUCCUGGUGCACCUUAGCCCAGCCUGGGCCUACGCUGCUGUCGGCCUCAAUUCCCUCCAGGGGCCGUACAUCUUCCUGGUCUACGCCGCCUGCAAUGGGGAGGUGCGAAGAGCACUGCAGAGGGUGGCGGAGAAGAAGGCGGCGCUCGCGGUGCCCCGCGGGGAACCCGAAGCCCACGCCCACGGCCGUGCCUUCCAGACGCGCAACCAGGACGGCCCCGCAGCCUGGGGUCCCCCACGAAGACACGUGGCUCUCAGAGGGACCCCCGGCCCCAGGAUCCCCGAAGCCUUCUCCUCCAUCGCAGACCCGGAGAGGCCGGCUGUGGAGCUGACGGCGUUCAAGGCCUCAGGUUUCUAGCUCAGCUGGCCUGGGGACCUCAUCCCCGAACCCCGGCCUGGACGCGAGGUGCAGCUGGCCAUGCCGAGCGAGGCCGGGACGCAGCCGGGACGCAGCCGGGACAGCUCACUCCCCGCCCCGCCCUCCCGUCCCAGGCGUGUCCGCGCCUGCCCCUGCCCCGCCCUGC